GGUAUGCUCUACAAUCCAGAGCGCAACUUUGAUGAAUAUUAGAGUAAACGGAUCGAGGUAUCGAUGCAACACAGCAUCGAUAUCCAUCAAGCACCGCUUUGGUCGACGUGCGGUGCUGGUGAAGAAUACGCCGAUAGUAGCGAACCCGAAAAAGAAUCAAGUGAUGUCACCCCCCAAUGCGAGCGUCGCGGGGCUUUAUAACCAUGGCAACGGUGAUUCUGGUAAACUCGUCAUUUGUGCGGUCGAUGCGCAAGGGCAUUUCGCGGUCGAACCCGGGGGUUCCUACAGCAUUUUCGUCUACUCCACAAACGUCGAGGACGCCAAGCACGGCGUCAGCCGCCCUAUUGACAAAAUCAAACGAAGAGCCCGACUCCUUACGCGUUACAGUCAGGAAUUAAGCUUGGGAGGUGACAGUAUAAGCGAGGACCUUCCGUUGUCGAUGUGGAAGCGUACGAGCCAGACCCGUGGCUCUAACAAGUAUAACCAGUUUGUCGGGCUGUUUCGCGGGACGUUUGCGAAUACGUCGUUUCAGGAUGCCGCCAUGGAAUGGAGCGAAUUCUCUAACAGGGAAAAGAGGGAUGAGUCGGUGGAGGCGUUGGUGGAGCAGGUUCGUCUGCAGGGGAGGUAUCAGUUGCAUAACACUGAGGCUUAAGCCAAGAAAGGCGCAGGGUCGGUGAUGCUAUAGAUUUGAACAAUGCUUACGAUCGGUGAGUACUAAUAA